AUGACCAGCAGUGAAGCCAUGGACACCCUGGGGCAGUACAAGAUCACGGUGUGGGAGGAGGAGAACUUCCAGGGCAAGCGCUGCGAGUUCCUCAUGGAGUGCCCCAGCAUCAUGGAGCGUGGCUUCCGCAAGAUCCGCUCCAUCAAGGUGGAGUCUGGCCCCUGGGUAGGCUUCGAAUACCCUGAGUACCAGGGACAGCAGUUCAUCCUGGAGAAGGGUGACUAUCCCCGAUGGGAGGCCUGGAGCGGGAACAGUGGCUACCGGACCGAGCACCUCCUCUCCUUCCGGCCUGUCAAAUGCGCAAACCACAAUGACAGCAAAGUCAUCCUCUACGAGGCUGAGAACUUCCAGGGUCACAAGUUUGAGCUGAGUGACGAUUAUCCCUCGCUGCAGGCCAUGGGCUGGGGCAACAAGGAGGUGGCAUCCAUCAAAGUGAACGCUGGAGCGUGGGUGGCAUACCAGUACCCAGGAUACAGGGGCUACCAGUACGUGCUGGAGCGGGACAGACAGAACGGCGAGUUCAAGAAGUACAAUGAAUACAGCAGCCAGGCCCACACCAACCAGAUCCAAUCCAUCCGCCGCGUCCAGCACUGAACAGGGGCAGGGCUGUGUGCCCUGCAGCCUGCAGGCUGCUGUGCAAUAGACCUCU